CCUCACUCACCAAAGCAUUCCAUCGUCAUCCCAGCCUCCAUCAGCUUAAACAACGCACGCAGGAGCCCCAAUUCUCUCGAAUCCACUCCACCUUCACCAUCGUCGCUACGUCAAUCCGCCUCACUUUUCAAAAGUAAGAAAAACAAAGUCGGCCACCAACCACCGCCCCCAUCGACGAACGGUUCCGAAUUCCCGAGAACCGACUCAAUCACCUAUAUCAAAACCACCACAGAGUCUAGCAACCAACCCCCGAGAAAUCAAUCGCAAUGGCGCCCAUGAAUCAGCAGAGUAAUUACUCCAGUAGUAAUUAUGGUGAGGCCAUUGUCCGUCAGGCCAAUGUCCUCGCCAGCUGCUACAUUGUCGAUUCCGCCGCGACUCUUCGCGGUCUCCACUACUGCACUACGGGGGCCGCAGGGGCCGAGUGGUAUUCCUGAGGUCCCCUCCUCAGGAUUACCAUCUCCUCCGUCAAGUCCCCCCCUCGCGGCUAUCACGGCGUCCAACGAGCUCGCGCUGCUUCCCAAGGCCAGCAGCAAGCGUCGCGACGCCGUGCCAGGCAAGCGAAUUAGCCGUCGAGGGGGGGCGGCGCUCUCGAUCAGGGAAGAAUGUGAAAGGUUCUUUUGCGAGUCCAUGAGGGCUGUGUUCCGCGGUGAGACGGACACUGGCCCCCGUGGCUCCGGCCUGCAUCAGGGUGUUUACAACAACAACAAUAACAACAAUGGCAGCACGAACGUAACAAUGCUGCAGACUCCACCGCCGGACGAGGACCUCGCCGUCCAACCGCAUCCCUUCGGGGGCCGGUGCGGGACCGCAGACGGGAACUCCGUGGCGUCUUCCGCCCCGACCCCGGCCACGGCCUGGCUGGAGGUGUGGGACUUUGCCGGCGGUGCGAGCUUCCGGGCCUUUGUGGCGGACGACGGGACUGAAAGGUCCCUCUUCGCACUAUUUGACAGAAACGUCAUUGGACGUGACCUGAAGCCAGCGCUUAUGGCGCUGAUGGAGUUGGUCGAUGGACCCCUCAACUGCCAGCAUCUGGUCAUCUGCAUCGACCGGGGCAUCGAGGAGGAGGACGCGAAGUCGCUGAUGAAGAGCCUGCAGUGGGUAGGCUUCGAGCUGACGACACUGGAUCACUGGGCGCGCGACGUGGACGUGACGAGUGACCAGUGGCUGUUUAUGAGCAUGGAGAUCUAGCAUUACCCGGACCUCGUCCGUUCGCGUUCUGUCUUGGGAUCCUUUGAGUUCAUAAGCUAGGUAGUUUUGGAGUUUUCUCUUGGUUUUGCCUUUGGGCUUCGUCCAUGGUCUUCCCCUUUUUUCUAACGGUUCAC